AUGGCUCUCCUCAAGACGAGCGAAAUCGCACAGCUGAACGACAAGAUCGAGACAUUUGUGCUCAUCAACCCCUCAGCGGCCGACGACGACGACGUAACGCUCUUCGUGCUGCAGCCGCCGCCCGCCGAGCGGGACCCCGCCCACCGCGCGCCCAUCGAGUCGAGCAUCGGCAGCCUCUGCGCGGCCUGCCGCAGCGCGCUCGAGUACUUUGCCUUCUACCUCUCCAAUCUGCCGCCAUCGCAAAUUAAGACGGCCGCCGACAAGCUGACGGCCGCCGACAAGCUCCCGGCAGCCUGCCUCGUCCACGCGGGCGCCACGACACUACAGGAUGGCGACACGGCGCGGUGCCACCUGUGCGUGCAGCUCAUGGCCACGCUGCGCGUCAAGCGGGUGGCCAUGGCGUCGAUCAACGGAUCCAACAUUGAGAUGUGCUGGCAGCAGCCCUCGGACGACACGGCUCCCAAGGUCGCGCGCCUGCACUUUGCGCUCACGCACCGCGGCCACGCCCGGUCGGAGGAGAACUACUGGAACAUCCUGACGCUGCGGCUGCGGGCGCCGGACCCGCUCGUCAACGCCGCGCUGGGCGUCACCGACUCGCAGCGCGUGCUGGAGCGCCACGCGAGCACCGACUCGCCGCAGACCCGCGCCCACGCGCUGCAGUGGCUCGCGCGGUGCCAGGCCGGCGCGGACGGCGCGCACGGCCAGUGCAAUGACCGGCCCUCGUCAGGUGAGGGGAGACUGCCGACGCGCCUGCUGGACGUGGCGGCGGCCGCGCAGACGGGCGCGCUCAGGCUGGUCGCGCCACUGGAGUCCCCCGGCGAGUUCGCGUCACCCGAGGCCCGCCGGUAUGUGACGCUGAGCCACUGCUGGGGCGCGUGGGGCGGCGGCUCGGCAGGGCUGCCCGUGCUGACCGAGGGCAACCUGGCCGAGAGGCUGGUCGCGGGCAUCGCGGUGGCACGGCUGCCGCAGACGUUCCAGGACGCCGUGGAGAUUGCGACGUGGUUCGACGUGCGCUGGCUAUGGAUCGACUCGCUGUGCAUCGUGCAGGACAGCGCGGCCGACUGGCAGCGCGAGGCCGCCACCAUGCACGGCGUGUACCGGGCGGCGCUGCUCAACAUCGCGGCCGACGACUCGCCCGACGCGCGCUUCGGGUGUUUCCGCAACCGCGACCCGCUGGCCGUGCUGCCGAUGCUCGUGCGUCUGCCCCUCCCCGGUAGCGGUGACGGGGGCGGUGGCAGCGACAGUGACAGUGACGGAUGGUGGUGCCUCACGCCCGACGCGCGCGCCGUGUUCGAGGGCGUGGCGGCGGCCCCGCUGGCCCGCCGCGGCUGGGUGUUCCAGGAGCGACAGCUGGCCCGCCGCGUGCUGCACUUCACGUCGCACGAGCUGGUGUGGGAGUGCUGUGCGCGAGUGCCGCAUUUCGCGAGCGAGACGUUCCCUGGCGGCGGGCUGUUCAGUGCUGCCGCAGUCUUUGGUGGCAAGCCCAAGUUUCAGGCGCAGACGGACCUCGCGGCCAGCGCGCCCGGCGCGGUGCAUGCGGCCUGGGCCGCGCUGUGCCGCGAGUACUCGGGCACCACGUUCAGCUUCGCGCGCGACAAGCCCGUGGCGCUGUCUGGUCUGGCGAAAGAAUUUUCCGCCGCCCUCCCGGGCAAUAUGUAUCUGGCCGGCCUGUGGCGGUCGACCUUGCCGGGCGCUCUGCUGUGGGAGUCGGCCGGCGGUGCGGGGCGGCUGCCGGACGGCGAGGGUUAUGUCGCGCCGUCGUGGUCGUGGCUGUCCAUGGCUGGCGCCGUCUCGCCAGCGGCCAGUGACAGCACCACAUUGCACGACAUCGUCGAGGUCCUUGCCGCGGCAGCUGACCCGGUGCUCCCCAGCGUGCCGACGGGGUCGCUGAACAGCGCGUCGCUCUUGCUGCGGUGCUACAUGCGGCGCGUCGAGGUGCGGCCCGACUACGAGGUCAAGCCGUGGUACAUGAUGGCCAUCGGCGGUGGCAAGUACCACAAGCUGCGCGUACUGGGCGACGGCGGGGAGGAAGAGGCUGUCAUCGGCAGUAUCCUAUCGGACGCGUUCGACUACUCGUUUGACGCAGCCGAGGACGAAGAUGAGGGUGGUCGGCCUGAGGGUGGUCGGCCUGAGGCCGUCGCGGGGUGGUUCCUGCCGCUGUGCGCGAGCCCUGCGGACGGCUCGAGCCCGCUCGCGCUGAGCGGGCUGCUUGUCGAGGCCGUCGCGGGUGGCGACGGAGAUACGUUCCGGCGUGUCGGCGUGCUGCGUGUGUACGGCGCGCAUUGCCGGCGGAUCAAGUACAGGUACAGGGGGGUGGUGGGGGGGGAGAGCGCUGGCUGGGACGGCUUGGAGCGGGCUUUGAAGACGAGCCAUGAAGGCUCAGUGGACGAGGGGGUGGAGUCGGUGGACGAAGACGCGGGGGUCGAGGUUGAUGAUCGCGAGGCAGAAGACAUUUCCAAGAAACUUGAGGAAUCGGACAUGGACAGCGUCGGGGACGAGGAAGCAGUCCAGCCUAGAGCCGACAUUGAUCUCGGCUCGGGCGACCCGCUCGAAAGACUUUACGCGCUUGAUCGUGCGUUGGCGGGGAGCGACCUCGAGGCCCAGUUCGAAAAGCUGGUUCCGCGGCGGAUAACUCUGGUCUGAAGCGCCACUGGCGAACCCGAAGUCAUUCAAGAAACAUGGUUAGGUAGCACAUGCAAAUGCACAAUCGGAUAUGGAAGCGAGUCCUCCGCUCUGGCUCUUUGAAUUGCUUGAUCAUCUCAACCUCGAC